UUAAACGCAUACAAAUGUGCUGCGUAGGAAUUCUCAAGGUACUAUUUAAGGUUUUAGUUAAUUCAUUGUGAAAUAUUUUCGGUUUAAUGGCUAGUGCACUUACUUUCGUACAAGUAUUUAUUGAUAGCUUUGUUUAAUACCGCUGCUUGUGUGCAGUUAUCGUUGUUAAAUUAAUGAACUGGGUUUUGGGGCUACAUAAUGUAGAGGAAAACAAGAACACGUCUGACAAGUGAUACAUGAGAAUCAACAUAGUUGUGUCAAAAAUAUUUCAAUUGCCCAGUUUUCUUUACUCUUGUAAGUGGUGUGUGGUGCGAUGGUGUUUUAUGAAAAUUAUGUUGCUAGAGCUGUUUGAAAUUUAUUUCGAGUGACAUACUUUUUUUCUCGCCCUUUACUAUUAUCCUACAUCCUACGGUAGUGUUGAAGGUGGCGGAGACGUAGAUACGCCCACUUUUUGAUGCCGAUACAGGCGCCGCAGUGGACUGAGUUUCUGUCGUGCCCCGUCUGCUGCAACGAGUUCGAUGCGACGCUGCGCAGCCCCAUCAGCCUGGGCUGCGGCCACACGGUGUGCAAGACCUGCCUGUCCAACCUCCACCGCAAGCAGUGCCCCUUCGACCAGACUGGUAUUAACACUGAAAUCGAGAACCUCCCGAUCAACUUUGCGUUACUGCAGUUAGUCGGAGCAAGUUUGCCGGAGAGCGAAGGAAAUGGUAACAUAAAGCAUCUAACAAACGAAGAGUUGAAGAACUACCUACAAGCCAAAAAAUGCAUAGAAGAACUAGCCUUGUAUCUGACACCAUUUUCAUCAGGGGGAGGAGGGGGCGGGGGAGGCGGCGGGGCGAGCGUGCUGUCCCGCCCCAUGCAGCGCAAGCUGGUAACGCUGGUCAACUGCCAGCUGAUGGAGGAGGAGGGCCGCUCGCGCGCCAUGAGGGCCGCGCGCUCCCUGGGCGAGCGCACCGUCACGGAGCUCAUCCUGCAGCACCAGAACCCGCAGCAGCUGUCCGCCAACCUGUGGGCGGCGGUCCGCGCGCGCGGCUGCCAGUUCCUCGGCCCCGCGAUGCAGGAGGAAGUGCUGAAGCUGGUGCUACUGGCCUUGGAGGACGGCUCCGCCCUCUCCCGCAAGGUCCUGGUCAUGUUCGUGGUCCAGAGGCUGGAGCCGCACUUCCCCCAGGCGUCCAAGACCAGCAUCGGCCACGUGGUGCAGCUGCUCUAUAGGGCGUCCUGCUUCAAGGUGUCGAAGCGCGAGGGGGACUCGUCCCUGAUGCAGCUGAAGGAGGAGUUCCGCACGUACGAGGCGCUGCGGCGCGAGCACGACGCCCAGAUCGUGCAGAUCGCCACGGAGGCGGGGCUGCGCAUCGCGCCCGACCAGUGGUCCGCCCUGCUGUACGGCGACGCGGCCCGCAAGUCCCACAUGCAGAGCAUCAUCGACAAGCUCCAGACGCCGCAGUCCUUCGCCCAGUCCGUGCAGGAGCUGGUGAUCGCGCUGCAGCGCACGGGCGACCCGGGGGGGCUGUCCGUGCUGCGGGCGCACCUCGAGCUGCUGGCCGCCGUCGACCCCAGCCCAGAGUCGUGCGCGCCGUGCUGGGAGGAGUGCUGCCGCGCGCUGGAGGCCGUGCGCACGGUCGUCACGGGCCUGGUGGAGUUCGUCCAGCACCACGGCAGCCGCAAGCUGCAGGAGCCGGGCCACCCGCACAACGCCAAGUACAAGAUCAGCAUGUGCCGCGACCUCACGCUCAAGGGCAGCUGCCCCCGGGGCACCAACUGCACCUUCGCCCACUCCGAGGAGGAGCUCGAGAAAUACCGAGCGAAGAGCCGGAAAGCUGUUCUCAGGAACGCCAACAGCAGCGGCAAAGUGAACGACGUGGCAGUUUUGCAGAACGACGUUCAGAGUUCUGCGUUGCUGACUAACGACAAAGUGUUUGUGCAGACGGACGACAUGUUGUAUUCGACGACGACCCCCACCAUCACCCCAGCACCGUUUGAUGGGUCCACUCUGAGAGAGGGGUUCAUGCCCAACAGCGUCCCGCUCCACGUGCCGCCGCCCGUCCCCACGGCCACGGUGAGGCCUCCCGCCGUGCCCCACGCGGGGCUCGAGUACCAGUACGGGGGCUCCGUGUACCAGCCCUCGCAGCAGCAGAUCUUCACGUCCACCUUCGCGCCGGACAUUUACAGCACGGCGCCGCACGGGGGAGUGGUCCUGGGCCAGCAGGCGCAGGUGUUCCCGCGCACGGACCCCGUGCCGGAGCACGCCCGCCCCCCCGCCUGGGAGCUGCUGGCCAAGCCGGCCGCCGUCCAGCCGCAGCAGCCGUCCUGGGUCCUGUCCUCGGCCGUCGCCAAGAGGGCAGUGCCGAGCCUGGCGGCUCUGCAGCAGCGGAAGCAAGAGAUAAUCUUGCAGCUGGAGAAGAUGGUGGGCAAAUCCGCGGCUUCUGCCAUCACGAGCUCUGCGUGCAGGGUGACCUCUUCGUUCGCCAGCACCAACAACCAAGUGUGCACGUCCACGUACUCCAUCUGGACGUCGGGGGGAAUCCUGCACACGGGGAGAGGGGGCAGCUCCCAGGCCAGCCUCGUGUCUGCCGCGGGCCACCCCGCCACCAUCUACAGGUCGGACUCCAUCCUCACCGAGGAGGACUUCGUCCCGUUCGACACGCCCGUUGUCAGCAAGUACGGGCCCAUCUCCCGCCUGCCCCGGACCAUCCCGCACCCCAGCGACUCGGUCCAGGCGUCGUCCGCCUUCGGAGAGGCCACCGUCUCGACGCCCGUCGCGCGGCGGCCGGUCCCCGCCGCCAGCCCCGUCGCGUCCUGGUACAACGGCUCUCAAGGCUACCCGCCGCCACUGGCCGGCUCGCAGCUGUCCGCGGGCCGCAUCGUGGGGCCGGCGCCCGCCAGCCUCGGCGACGGCUACAUCACCAUAGGCCACGGCAUUGUCGAGGCCCCGCAGCUGCUGGUCGGGGCCCGCCCCGCCCCCGACUGCCCGUCCAAGGAGCUGCUGGCUGAAUCCCACAGAGUCAAACAGCAAAUUCUUAACUUGGAAAAGCAAAUAAAUGAUCUCAAGAAUCAGUUGGUGUCCGUGUCCAUAACAUCGCCGUCGAUCUCGACCGUGAGCUGGAUCAGGGACGGGUCCGUGAACUGGGGCUCCAACGGUGGCUGCAGGAGUGACGACGAGGACGUGUACGAGACGGGCAUAGCCAAUGACAUGCGGGAGCUGGAGCUUCGCUGGGAGUACGAGUGGGACGAGCAGGAGAAGGGCUGGUCCAGCGAGGAGGACUCCAACAAGUAACAGCAUCAUCCACCCCGCCAACCCCCCCCCCCCCCCCCUUAAUCCCUUCUCUAUCUCCCCCAUUCCCUCGCUUCCUCCUUCAACCGCCUGUCCGGUCUCUUCUUUAUCAACCCGAUGGGUUCGGAGCUAACUUAUCGUCGCAGGUUCUGCACACACUGUCUCAACACACACGCAAAAUCACACACACACACUCCCAUGCUUCCCGUUCUGCUGUGCAGGGUUGGUGCGUUACACGUUGUGGCGACGUCGGAUGUUGUGUGUGCCGUCACGACCAACAAUUAUUAUUAUUAUUAUUAUUAUUUGUUUCAGAAUGUUCACAGCUGUUGAUUACAGCUUACGUAUGUGCCUUUUUUUUUUUUUUUUUUUUUUUACUUCUAGUUCAUUUAAGGUUGUUUUCAUUUCAAAUAACUCUUAUUUUGUUUUAGUUACUGUCUGCGUACCACAUAAUACAAUUUUGGUUAACCAAGAAAAUAUAUAUAUUUUUUUCUCUCUGUUUGAGUUUUACUCUUCUUAGUUGCUGAUGCAUAAAUGUUCAUUUUAUCAUCAGAACAUACUCUAUAAAAAAAAAUGUACACAGUUACUGAAUAUAAGUAGUUAAUAAAAACAGCCUGUGUUUUAGGUAGGCCUGUGUGAAUAUAUUUAAUUUGAAAUACCAAAAUUAAAUUAUUUUUUUUUUUACAUUAUUAACCAUUCAUAUCCAAAAUCAAUUGCAGGUUCAUUAAAGCUCAUACAAGUUAUUGUUAAAGUGUGGCAUUUCCACUACUGAAUCAUCAAAAAAAAAAUAAUUGUUGAAUUACAUAUAUAAAUUUUUCACACUCAUACAAGCUCAAUAUUUGUAUGCAAGAAUAUUUUGUUGUUCAUGUUAAAAAUUACUUGGAACUAGAAAACUGUAAUUCGCUCAGGCCUUGUUUUGGGUCAUGGUGGCUAUUGGUGAAAUUGAGAGUUGUCGGUAGUGGCAGUUAUAUAAAGAACGAGGAUAUGUCUGUUUUUAUUGUAGGGUAUGUUGUGCAGUGUACAGCUCUUUGCAAAGAUGUAUUUUGGUGCAAGUAAAAUGCUGAGCUUUGCUGUUUAGCAACUGAGUUUGUGUGUUUUGACAAAAUAUCACUGAGUGAUGAUGUAGUCAAAAAAAUUUUUUUUUGAAAUUUAAUGAGACUAUCAGGCACUCAUUUUUGAAGUGUCCUGAAGUAUUGAAACGUGUUUGGAUUCUUCAUUAAUUUUCCUGCUGAAAUUUUGGAAAUUUAAAAAAAAAAAAAUGGGUGGCGUUUGGUCGACUUAGCAAAUGUGUGCACCGUCUCUUUUUAAUAUCAAAAGUUCAUAGUUGUAAAUAAAUUAUAAUAUUCUGUGAGAUCAUAUGAAUUGAAACACAUGUUUCUGAUUAGUCACUUGUUCCUCACCGUAAAAUUAAAACACAAAUUAUGAUUACAAGUUUUUUUCUUUUGUGUUUCCUAAAAUGGGCUUCGAAUAUAAAUUUAUUCAUAAAUAUUAGUUAUACCAUCCGUCAUUUAAAAAAAAUAGACAUUCAAAUCACUCAUCUAUUUUAUUGUCCAACUAGCUGAAAAUAAUAAUGGUGAAUGUGAAGUUAAAUAAACGAUGAGUGAUGAAUAAAAAGGGAUGAAGCAUCAUAGUUACCAUAGAAUCACAAAACUACCACAGAUACAUUGUAGUUACAGUAAAUAACCAGGUGAUAUAUUGGGCAAAUUAGAUGUUACAUUACUGCUACUUAACCCACCAAGCAUAAGGACAACAUUAUCGUGCAUACAAUCUGAAUAUCCUUGUACUGGGCAUAUAGUGAACAGGGCAAUAACGAACUUGAGUAUUUAAAGUAGCAAUAAAAUGAUAGUGUAUGUGUGAAAAAUUGUUUUCAUUUCAAUGUUCCAAAUCAACAUCCUAAAUUUGAAAUCUUUUACUGCAAUGCAACUAGACAAACUAUGUUAGUUUCCUUGUGCUUCGUAACAUAAUUUGAAAGAGUAAUUUUAGUUUUUUUAUUAUUAGGUACUAGUUGCUUAUAAAUUUAUUGUAAGAAAAAUUCAGAUAGCUAAAUUACAUGGAAAUGUACAAUUUUAGGUAGAGACUAGGCUAUUGCAAUUAGCACUAGUACCUGUUAGUUGAGUUUAAAAGAAAAAUGCCAAUAAAAAAGUUAUGCUGACUACUCAACUUCAAAAUAGUCAAUUUUUUGCACUAUGCAAUUCUUCUCAACAUUAAAAUAUGCUACUAAUGCACCCCUAGUCAUUAUAAUGUUUUGUUGUUUAGGCAAGAUCCAACCCUGUUUAAAAUUGAUUCCCCAAAUGCAUUUUGCCACAUUCAUGUAGCAUACUUGUAAUACUUUUUAUUGUUUGUUAUAAUUUAGAAUAAAUUGCAAUGAUUUGAGUUUUAAUGGCACACAAAGGUUAUUUUAUUUUUAUCCCUUAGGAGUUUCAUAAGCAUUUUCUUUAGGAAUAUGGAAUGAGAUGGAAUCAUCAUCGAGAAUUGAAUCUCAAAUAUGAUAGUUAAAACUGGAAAUUAAAAUGUCAUGUUUCUGGUAUUGCUAGUAUUUGUACUUGUCUGUGUUAAAUUUCUCCCCCUCUUCCUCAAAUGCCAUCCCCUAAUUUUUUUUUAAUUUUUAAUACAUUUUGUUAAGAAAUCAAUCAUGGACUUUAAACAAAUGUGAAAUUUUUGAAUUUCAAAUGUUUCAGCAGGAAAGUUAAUUUUUUUAUAUGAAUUUGAGGUUUCUUUUUUAUUUCUUGUGUAUAAUAAGUGAUGAGUUGUAUCCAGUAUAAAGUUCAGUUUGUAAAUUUUCAGUGGUAGGUUUUCCGUAUUUUUUUCUUUCUCUCCUUUGUUUUCUGACAAAGAUGUUUAAAUAUAUUUUUUGAUCUUCCAGUUUUAUUGGGAGUGACUGUAUGGAAACCAUUGUGUAGGUUUCUAUGAUUUGUUUAUUAGAGCAUGGUUGCCAGUUUUUUAAUUUGUUGUUUAAUAAUUUAUAUAGUCUUACUACUAAUGUACCAGUAAUCAAAUCUACUAUGAAAUUUAACGUGUUUCAUUGUAUUACAUAGUUCUUGCUGUUUUGAGCAAGGGAUAAAAUUUACUUGUUUUAAAAAUGUAUUGACCUAACCAAAAAGUCAAAAAGUUUAAUCAGUUAUGAAUAUUUUUUUGUAAAAGAAAAUUUUUUUUUUCAAACAGGAUCACAUGUGGUUUACAAACUUUGUGUAUAGACUGUGCAAAUGAAUAAUUACUAUUUGGGGAUUAAUUUUCAAAGUGAAAAAUUCACAUAGGGCUUUAAAAGUACAGGAUAUAUUUUUAUUUUUUUUUUACCCAGAAGAUUUUAAGUUACAAAAUUUUCACAAUGUUAUUUUAAUUAUUUUAGAAUCACAAGUACCAAGUAAGGAAUAAAUCUAGAGAAAUUUAUAUUGGUUUGUUUGCAAAGUUUAUGUUACUUUAUCACCAGCUUAUUUCUACCUACCUAUUACUGUAUGAUGCAUAUGUGUUGUACAAGGUUAAUAGUUUGUUAUUAUAAGCUGAAUUCUUUUUUUAAAUAAUUAUUAAUAACUGUAAAUUUAACUUUAAGAAACUAAUGGGUUGCUGUUUCCAAAAUUAUUGUAGUGAAAUUUUGUUAUAACUUUUUUUUUUCUUUAUAACAUUUUCUUGCAUAAAAAGUGACUCAUUUGGUCUACAAACUUUAUAUUCAUUGGUUUCUUCAGAAAUAUUAUACAUACCAGAGUUCUUGUUAUUUAAUAAUGCAUGUUGCACCCAAAACUUUCUCUUUUAUCUUCGUCAUGGCCAGAAUUGUAUAAUUUUGAGUUUUCAUCAGCUUAUAUGCCACGCAUUUUGAAAACUAUAAAUGACUACUGAAAAACAGCACAUAAUACCUAUUCAUGAUACAUUUUUUUUUGCAGAAACUGGUUUGCAUUCCAUUAGCUGAAAAUACUAAGAAUUUUGCAUCAUUUUGUGUGUGGCUGCUUUGUUGUAACUUGUUUACAAAAAAAAACUUUCGUAAUUUACUGACUUGUAAAGUCCAUGAACACUUUUUGCAAUUUUAACUUCCACAUAGACGAGAUGACGUCUGUGAAAUGUGCUACUUUAUUUGAAUUUAGUGGGUCUUCAACUUCACAGUAACAAAUUCUGAUGUUCUGCCAUGUGAGCUGUAUAAUUUUGGUUGGUUGUACAAGCGGCUCUGCCAUUGGAGGAAAGAAGGGCAGCCCCGCCUCUGUCAUGGCACAACCUUGCUGAUACGCCGUACUCACGCUUUUUCCUUCUUAGGUCACGGGUGCGUAAGGCCGCGAAGACCGGGCUAUAGACGGGAAAUAUAUACCAAUUAAAAACUUAAGUGGUGCUGUGUAAAGGUUGUAUUUUGGCCAAGUGGAGAUCAUAUAAUGUGUUUUUUUUUUCUCACAAGACAUUUAUUUUUAUCUUUUAAAAUAAAAUAAUUUUUUACUGUAACUUUUUAAUUUAAUGCUGGAGAAGGUUGAACAUGACAUUGUGUGGAAAAUUGUAAUUUCUGGUUUUGGGGGUUGGAGAUGGUUCGAUAAAAGGUCCAAAUUCGAAAUUGCGACCCUUUUCCCGGUAUUCGUGAAGGGUUGUAGACCCGAGAGAUGACUGUAAACACAACACGUUAUGCUGUGUCUCUAAAGCGAAAAUAAUUUAGGUUGUGGUUGAUGUCCUCAAAAGAAAAAUUAGCUUAGCACUAGGUAGUUUACUGUGUUUUCGGAGAUAUUUUAACUGUUUACCUUGCUUAAACAGCAGUUAGUCUGUUUCUGUCUGAGUACGUGAGUGUCCAAAUUUAUUUUCAGAAUCAGAUUUUAUCUAGUUGUGUUUCUGGUGUUAGUACUGUUUUGCACGUCAAAUGCAGUUGUUCAUGUACUGAGUUUUGUAUGUGAAGGAUAAUGUGUAACGUCCUUGAAUUCAGCAUUUACCUGUAAGUUUUUUCUUGCAGUCUUUUUGCACUGAUAUGUCGUAAAUCGAACCUAUUUGACAAUGUGAUAUUUCUCACUAUUCAGUGAAGGUUAACUUGUACAGCUGGCAUUUUGUAUCAUUGUCUACUUACCUGACUACCAUUUUCAGAAAAUUCGCAUUUGUUUUAAGAAUGCGUGAUGAUAUGGAGGUUUUGCAAACAUUUAAAUAACAUUUAUAACAUUGAUAACAUUUAAAGACACUACCAGUAAAGAAGUUCAGUGUUAAAAAUGAUUAUAUAAAUUAUUGGAUUUGUGCAUAGGUUAUUAUUACUGACCUUUCUUUUGUAGACUACUGAACAUUGUCUGUGUGGGUCCUCAGAUGUCAUGUUCUUGAUUUUAAAUGUGUUUGGUUGUGAUGUUCAUAAAAUUGUGAACAUGUGGUUUCUUACUCAAUGAGCAAUAUUGUGUUCUUCUUUUUAAAAUUAUCCACGAUUGUCGAUUUGUAAUAAUAAUUGCAUUGCCAGUAUCAUUUUUUGCUUUAUACAAUUAUUUUAUUGUGUUGUUAAUAACAUACUAUAAUAUUGUAAAGUGUAGUCAUUACUUAGAAACAUUAGAGUAACUACAGUAUGAUUUAGUUGAGAAGUCUUUCAAAACUGUGGAAGUUGUAGGUACAUGGUGGCCAAUUCUUAAUUAUAAUACAAAAUUCUUUUAUUUUUAGUAUUUAAUUAAUACUAGUCAGAAAUAUUAUUAAAUUGCCUACAGUAUCUUGAUGAUAUCUUAAACCUUUGUACAGGAUUGGGUUAACUGCAAUUUUUAUGUGAAUUUUAUUUCACAUACGUAAUUGUAAGGUUAUCGGGGGCCCGUGUUUUGUCGAAACCAACUAGCAGUUGUUGGUCUCCCGUGUCUCGUUGACCUCCCCUGCUUCCAUGACUGCUGCAUACUCCGCCCCUUUCCCAGACCGUACCUUGUGGGGGUGUAGAUCCUAUCGCCUAGUUUACAAGGUAUGGCGCAACGGUUUCGAGCUUCACGAAGUACCUCCAUCACACAAGUACAAAAAAAAUCAGGGUGUUCCCCAGGCUGCAGAUUUACAGUCCACAAAAAAAUCUGGAGGUGCUUACUUUGAAGCUGUGAAGGGGCCACGUCGCUACCGCUGCUUGUAGCAGAAGUAUUCGCCGAGCUGCCUAGCCCUGUGACUAGUGAUAUUGACGCUCCCAGCUCCGGAGUACCAGAACUUGAACCCGUGUCGCCUUGUUUGACCGCACACGUCCUUGCCUUCCACGAGAUCUUCCUCGAGUCUUGUUGCCCCUUCCCUCUCCCCUCUCCCCUCGAACAGUCAAAAAGUUACUUCCCCACCCCCCAAACCCCCCUCGCAGGAACGAUGAGUACCAAACAGAUAGGGGCAAGACUUCAUGGUGAAUCGCGACAAGACCGCAAUAACACCUAAAUUCAAGUUAAUACACCACAAAGCAUCAAAAAUGCAAUCAAAAUCAUGAAACUAAACCAGUAUUUUUCAAUCAAAAUGAACCUCUAACGGCAAAUUUGUAACUCUUUUAAAUAUUAAGUUCAACGGCAGUAACUAUUUUAGCGUGAAGUAUGUACCACAAUUGAUGGAAUAAAAAAUGAUUGGAAAAGGUUUUUAUUAUUUUACUUUUUAAACACAGAAAUACAUAAAUUAUUUUAUUUGUUCUGAGUAGUUGGACAUGUUCAUUAAAAAUCGUUAUAUUGAAACAGUUGCAUCAGUAGCUGUAAAAAAGUGGAAGAUUUAAUUAGUUUUAUGUUUUGAGUCUAAUGACAACUCACGCAAGUUAAUAUAACUCGUAUUCACGUAGACCCAAACAGCGUGAACGUGAUAAAUAUUGAAAUGGCAAAAUAUUUAAAAAGAAAAUUAAUGGUGCAGCAGCAAGGUGUUUGUUGUUCCUGUCUGUUGCGUGGUUCUUGCCAUCCCCCCUCCUCCUCUACCCCCUCACUAUCCUGGCCCUUCACCCACCCUUCUGCUUGUAUACUCUGCCAUGAAGCGUCACAACAGGAAGUACUCGCUCAGGCUUCAGCGGACAGUCUGUCCUUGUUUUUGUCACCCGACAGUGAGAAAACGAAGUAGCGGUGGUUACAGCACAGAGCAGGGAAGAAAAGAAAUGUUCUCGCUUGGUUCCACAUUUCAAGUUUUCUACCUUCUCCUCACGUCCCGAUAACGAAGCAUGCUAAAUAUCCAAGGCUAUACCAUGCUUUGAAAACUGUCUACAGUUGAAUGCGCUGAACUGGAAGCAGUCGUAAUGCUCAAUUUUUUUUUUACUUGUGCUACAGCCUUACUGUUGUACCUUCUCUGUUUGCACUUAUUACAAAUAUUCAUCAAUACUGCAGUUGGCUCCCCAUUUUCAAAUCUCAUAAACUGAUAAAAUACAUAUGUCUUACCAUCAAAUGAAGUCGGAAAAUUUAAGGUACCGUCAGUCGUAAAACCACACACUAUUUCCCGAGCUCAAAAAAUUGCAAACAAUAGGUGUCUCUUAGAAUGGAGUAGAUUCGGUUCACCAAUUAUACGACAUAGCUAUUAAACAGCGGAAAAAUAAUUGUUCUUAAAUAUUUCAGUGAUGGUGUGGGGAAUUUUGCAAAGUUUCUGACUUAGUAUUGUUGGUUUGGUUUCAUUGGUAGAAACUGAAGAUUUGAACACUUUUAAUGUUCUGGUACCAUCAGCUUCCACAGGUAUGUGUGUUUGAAUUUUUAAUGUUAUUGCAGGACUCUGAUAUUUAUUUAAGUUAAUUUGUGGGCUAGUGUUCGUUAGUGACUAAUGAUUUACUAACACGUGCUGUAAAUACGUAGUUAACGUUGCGUGCACCGAACAAAGUGCCAGUGACACGAUAGGGCAUUGUGCCGAAACAUGCACACUCAUUAUCAACUGUUUUUUUUAAGAGUUUACACGCUUUUAGUUGGCAAUUAAGAUUUAACUAAUACAAGUAUGUUUAGUACAUACUAGUGCAAUAAUUAAUUCUUGUUUGUUAAUCGUGCGUGUGGCAAGCAGGACGCAGCAGGAUUUUCUGACCGUUGUGGUUGCGGCUGUAUUCGUUAGUUCUUCUUUAUAGUGUAGGGCCGGAACUUUUUUUGUUAUUUCUACCACACUGGCUAUGCUGCGAACUGUCUCACGAUAGUUUAAACUAGUCCCUGUAGAAGUUGGACGGUGGUAACUAGAGUUAACGGUAAGCAGGGCGGAACACAUUCAGGAUGGUGUGUGCGUGCAAGUGAUAAACUUUGGCAUCCAAAGCUUACAUUUUCUAAAACUAAUAUAUAUAUUUUUAGACCGGUCCUGGUUGUUGCACGGUAAAGUGUGGAUUUUCGUUGCCUAGUUUGUACCAAAAAUUGUUGUUUUAGUUUUUUGUUGAUGAACAAUCUAAUAUCUGUAAUGAUGUCAGCAUAAGUGACUUAAAUAAAUGACAGACAGGACCCCCCUUGAGACAGUUUGGAAAGAAACAUUCUAAAUGGGCGUAGGGGCAAAAUCAGUAUUUUCGUACGGUUAUCUCCCCCCCCCCCUCCUCCCCCAGAGAAAUGAUGCCACAGUUCAUCUGAUCUAAGUGAAAGCCAUUUAUUUGGUUUGUGAGUUUUUACGCUUCUUUGUGGAAGUAUGUAUUGAGCUUUGUGCGGGUCGGCAUAACGAGGUAAAAACUUGUGUUGUGUUGCCUAUUUUUCGAGAGCUUGAGUGAAUGACUUUUCUCAUCCGUACACAUAGUAUUCACACAGGUAUUUCGCGGGAAUAAAAUGUGGGAUGUGCUUUUGAAACAUGUAAGAUGGUAUAUUACUGUCGCAUCUGUGGUAAAAUAAAAAUAAUGAUUUGAUGGAGUACGUCCGUAGGAACAAAACGGUUUUUUGUGUAUGUCUUGUCACAAAAAAUAAAAAUAAAAUUGUGAUUUGUUAUAAUUGGAGAAUUUAUUUUAUGUUGGUUUUUUAAAUGUAAAUGGGGGUGCAUUGCUCGCACUUGUUACUCUAAUUGUAGUGGAUUAUUGCAUGUUAAACAUGUUCUUCGUGCAGAAAAUAGUUCUUUUGCUUGGAACUUAACUGAAGUAUAUAUUAAUAUACCUUAAAUCUGUUAUACAGUAAUGCUAUAUUAUAAGUAAUGAUAAAUUUUCCUAGUGUGUCGGUCUCCUUUUUGAGGGAUCUGAAAUUGUUAAAGCAUGUCAUGUUUUAGCAAGGGCUUUUUUGUUUGGUUAUUAUUAUUAUUAUUUUUUUAAUUUUUCCAUUUAUUGUUGCUAACAUAGUGUUAGUGAAGUACAUAUUCUUGCAUUAUUAGAAACUUAGAAAGACAUUUCAUACCCUCCUUAUCCUACCUUAGUCCCAAAGAAAUGCAUUUUUUUUUUUGCACAGUUAUUUAAAUAGAGUAUGUAUCUCUGUUAAUCUUUCCUUGGCUGUAAAAAAAAAGGAAAGUUGCAGCUAUUCGAAAAUGAAUGCUAAGAACGUUCACGAGUAUUUACCAAGCACCAUUUUGUGUGGUUUUAGCUAUUGAUCAAAAUGCUGUACCGACUUUUGUUUCCAAUCUACAUAUUCGUUACUGAACUUCCUAUCGAUUAAAUAUUUUCCUUUGGAUUCUAGUUAUUUUAGUUGAAUGUUUUAAACUUUUUAUAACUUUGCGACGCACCUACAGCUAAGUGGGGAAAUAUAUCUUAAAUAGCAUGUUGUGAAAAGUUCAGUUUAAAAUUGCUAAUUAAAUGUUUGAAGUUGUUUGACAUGUUGUUUGCAAGUCCUUAAAGUUUUUAAAGAAAUGCAAUUGAACAAAAAUAAGAUGAAGAUAUGGGAUUUUUCCCCUCUCAUAUACUCGUGGCUCUUGCAUUCAUUCCCAAUCUGUUCAUCCUUUUGGUACGCCUGUUUUUGUUCUACGAACUGUUGUGUGUAUGCUAAAUAACACCCAUUGAAUAGCUGUCUUUUUAAGAUGAUAAAAAUAUUGAAUAUUGUUUUACUGGACAUGUAUUUGUCAUAGAAUUAAUUUUAGAAGUCUACAUACAGCUAAGCUGUGGUGGUAUGAAUCUAAAAUUAAAAAAAAAAAAAAAAAAUUUGUCACUUAGAAGUACCAAGUACUGUCUGCACAUUUGUUUUCACUGCGGUUAUUAUUACUGUACUUUUAUAAUCUUUCAAUUAUAGAAGUCAAAUUCAUAAAAGUUCAGAUUGUAGUAAUAUUUUCACUUGUGAAAGUUGCUUAAAUGAUCACUGUUUUUUUAUUAUUAUUUUAUCAUAGAACAGCCAACAUUUAUUGAAAUAAUUAUAUUAAUUGAUCCAUGCGGGAACCUAGUUAUAUGAUCGUGAAAUGAUGGUGGAGUAUUUUAGUUAUAUGAUCAUGAAAUGAUAGUGGAAUGUUUUGGCUUAAAAUUUUCAAAUAUAAACUAAAAAAAAAUUUUUUUUUAAUGAAUCGAGAAUGUGAUACAUUGAUACACAAAAUUGUGUACAAAAGAAAACAGUGGUAAAUAAAUUUAUAAAACAUCAAUUCAUUCAUUCAGUCAAAUUAUUCUAAAUGUUUUUAAUAGGAGUUGGAUGAUUACUAGUAUGCAUAGAAUAAGCCAACGAUAUUUUUUUAAACUAAGAGUAGGGAAGUGUUUCACUUAGUCAUUAUUUAAUUAAUUAACUGGUUGUAUCAUGUAGUGGAGAAACUUGGCCAAAUUUCCAGAAUUUUAUCUUGUAUGUUAUCCACAAAAAUUAUGUAAAAAUGAUUUCAGAAAAAAACUGCCUUGAUCAAACUAUCCACACCGUGAUCAAUUUUGUUUAAGCUUCAUUUAGUUUUUGUGCGCACAUUCCAUUGCCAUUUAGAGUGCUAAAUUAAUUAAAGGCAAAAUUCACUCCCAGAACAAAACAAGUGUGUAGAUGGUACCUCAAACCAUGAUGUUUCAAUCAAUUAUUUGUAAAAUUCCCACAUCUUGUAAUGUUUUAACAGCCGUACUUAACAGUUCAAAAGUAUUUUUGUCAAGGUCAAAUUCUAGUGUAAAUUUUUCAGAAGUUAUAUAUUUUGGUAUAUAAGUAUCUAUAUAUAUUAUAUUUCUAAAUAUAUGUUUGUAGAGUGGAGAAGCAUGUUGCACAUGUUUAUCAUACAGAUUAUAUUAAUCAUUUAUGUAAUAUUUUGGUGGAUAGAGAUGAUGUACAGACUAUACAAAAUAAAAUUGAAGUUUUAACUUAA